AUGGGAGCUUCAGCUCAUUUGAUUUGUGAACUGAGAAUCUUGGAAGCUAAAAACAUAGAGCUGAAAUCCCAUGGAAACAUUUUUAUCAGAUACUAUCUCCCUGCAGGAAACAACAACAAAAUCCAACUAAACACCAAACAAAUCUCCACAAACUCAUCUCAAUUCAUCAUGUGGAACCAGUCCUUCUCGUUGGAAUGCUCAGCAUCUGAAGAAUCAAUUAACCACCUCAAGCAACAGACUCUAGUUUUUGAGCUCCGGAGGAGGAGGAAACUCGGGAAGUCGGUGGUUUUGGGCCGAGCCGAAAUGCCAUGGAAGGCUGUUUUUGAAUCACCAAACAUGGAGGUUGACGAGUGUUGGCUUACGUUGGUCACAAUGAAUGGUGGGGAUGUUGAAACUGGUGUCAAGCCUCCUUCAAUACGUGUAUCAAUAAAAUUGAUUCAAGGUCCGGCGAUGGCGGAAAUCGAGAAGCAGAUGAAGAAGAAGAAGAAGAAACAAAGGAUGAAGAACAAUUAUGAUGGCUGUGGAUGCCAAGGCAUUGAUGUAGGGUGCAACUGUGCUGCAGAUUAUGAAAUAUUUGCAAUUGCAGCUGCCAUGGAAGGACUAUAA